AUGGCGGAGCCGGUGAGGAAACGGGGCCGCCGAUCCCGGGGCGGCGGUGUCGGCCGAGGGGCUCGCGGGUCUCGGGGCGGCCGGGGCCGGCGUCCUCGCGUCCCUCGGUCUCCAGGCCGGCUCACCCUGGACUCGGUGUUUGUGGACUUGGUCAGCGACAGCGACGAAGAUAUCCUGGAGGUCGCAACAACGCGCAGCGCUGCGGACUCGGUCGAAGUCCCUCACCCGGAGCCCCCAGUGCCGGCUGCCCCCCGGGACGACAGCGACAGUGACAGCGAAGGGGCGGACGCACCGCCCGCCGGAGCCCCGCGGGCCCCGGUCAGGCGGCGGCGGCGGCUGCUGCUGGAUCCGGGGGAGGCACCGGUUGUUCCGGUGUACUCCGGGAAGGUGAAAAGCAGCCUUCAUCUCAUCCCAGAUCACCUGUCCCUCCUGAAACUCUGUCCUCCAGAAGCUGAGGAAGAGGCCGAUAUGGCAGGUUCUAGCAGUCCGCAUGCUGAAGAUGCCCCGUUUCCAGAUUCGCCCUGGAAGAAGAAGCUGAGGAGUAGAGAUGCAGAAGAGAAGACAAAGGAGGUGUUUCUGUUUCAAGACACCUCUCCUUUGUCUCCGCCUCCUCCGAGAACCAAAAGCAGGAAGCAUACUCGGGCACUCCAGAAGUUAAGGGAGGUGAACAAACGCCUGCAAGAUCUCCGUUCCUGCCUGAGUCCCAAGCAGCGCCAGGGCCAAGAUCACCAGAACCAAGAGGAUGAGGUGGUCCUAGUGGAGGGUCCCACCCUUCCAUCGAGCCCCCGGCUCUUCCCACUGAAAAUCAGGUGCCGGGCUGAUGUGAUCAGGUUGCCGAUGAGGAUGUCGGAGCCCCUACAGAGUGUGGUGGACCACAUGGCCACCCAUCUCGGGGUGUCCCCAAGCAGGAUCCUUUUGCUCUUCGGAGAGACAGAGCUGUCCCCUACUGCCACUCCCAGGACCCUAAAGCUUGGAGUGGCUGACAUCAUUGACUGCGUGGUGCUAGCAAGUUCUCCGGAGACCUCAGAGAUGUCCCGCCUGCUCCAGCUGCGGGUGCAGGGCAAGGAGAAACACCAGAUGCUGGAAGUCUCGCUGUCUCCGGAUUCUCCUCUCAAGACCCUCAUGUCCCGCUACGAGGAGGCCAUGGGACUCUCAGGCCACAAGCUCUCCUUCUUCUUUGAUGGGACAAAGCUUUCAGGCAAGGAGCUGCCCGCUGAUCUGGGCAUGGAAUCUGGGGACCUCAUCGAGGUCUGGGGCUGAAACCCCACGCCCUGUUUUGACGUGCCGCCUGGACUUGGGGGAGGACAGCUGCCCCUUUUGGCCCUGUAUGGGCUUAUCU